CGUAUUCCAGCCACUGUCGCGCUUCUAUAUCGCUCGUACUUUAUUCUCUCGCUCUCGGAAUUAAUCUGUGAAAAAGAAAAAAACAAAAAUUGAAGAAUAAAUUGAAGAUUGCUGGGUAUAGGACAAAGUUUCGGAAGCGCAGUGACGAACGAAAAAACAAACAAAGCAAAUUAUCAAAAGUGCAAAAAAAACGAACGAAAAAAGUGUCGAAUAUUUGGGAUGUAUUGAUGAACCUAACCUCGAUAUCGUCGAACGUAGAGACGGCCGAAAAGGAGCAGUUGAAUCGUCGUCAAGAAACGCGAUACAUCACCGAUCAGUUAAACUCGUUUAAUUUGUCGGGAAACGUUCGUUACAAUUACACGACCCCUUGGGGGGAGGACAACAGUGCUGUGCGAGGACUUUGCAAUUCAAACGUCAACAGAUUUGGAAGAAUUAACGAAGCAAGAGAAGACAGAAGUCGAGAAGGGGUUUUAGGUUUAGGAGGUGGAGGGAUGCCUCGCAGUAAGCGGAGAGCGCCCUCCAGUACGAAUCAUCAUCCCCACCAUCAUCAUCACCAUCAUCAUCAUCAUCAUCAUCACCCCUCUACCGAUAUGACUCCUAGCACAAACGAGGAUAAUGUUCCUCGUCAUCCUUCGAAAAGGCUCAGACACACCUCCAGUGCGAGGCGCCACACAAAAUCGGAUGAUGUCUCGAGUGCUUCGUCAUUUUCGCAAAAGCGAUGCGUCGCUUGGUUUCGCGAAUACACGAUACCUGACGAUCCGGACACUCUUGGACCUGAGGGAAUGGAAAAAUUCUGCGAGGACAUUGGUGUGGAACCGGAAAACGUAGUGAUGCUCGUACUCGCUUACAGAAUGAACGCCCGUCAGAUGGGUUUUUUCACACUUACCGAAUGGUUGAAGGGACUCUCCGAGCUGCAGUGUGAUUCCGUAAACAAAGUACAACAGAAGCUCGAAUACCUAAGAAACCUGUUGAAUGAUCCGCACACGUUCAAAGGAAUCUAUCGAUACGCUUAUGAUUUCGCUAGGGACAAAGAUCAGCGCAGUAUGGAUAUGGAGACUGCACGAGUAAUGUUACAAUUACUGUUAGGAAAGCAUUGGCCAUUAUUUUCUCAAUUUGCACAAUUUCUAGAUCAGUCCAAGUAUAAAGUUAUAAACAAAGAUCAAUGGUGCAACAUAUUGGAGUUUUCGCGAACCAUCAAUCACGAUUUAUCGAAUUACGAUUUGGACGGAGCGUGGCCAGUGAUGCUCGACGAAUUUGUCGAAUGGCUGAAACUACAACGAGGAGAAGGGGCUUCUUCGACGGAAGUCCGAGGCAGCUGAAAAGAAGGCGAACCGAUGGCGACAACGUUGUGGGUUUGUUUGGAAUGUUCAACGCGAUUGUAUUUCGAGCAUUUACAAUUCAAGGAGUAAGGACCACCACCACCUGACGACCGUGACUGUAAAUACACAGAAAAACCAAGAAGAAGAGGGAUCAGCAUUGUCGGACCAUUGAUGUCGUAUUAAUAGAAUUUUGGUUGAGUCGAAAAGAGAAAGAAAACAGAGCUCUUUAUCUGAAUGAAACGUAUGGUUGUUUAUAAGAAAAUAUUCCUGCAAAAAUUCUAUUACCGAUAAGAAGAAAUAAAAUGGUCCAUUCAAUCGAAAA